AUGUCGCUGCAGAAUAUUCUCGCUGCGGCAAACUCGCCGAAAUUGGUUCGUAUUAUCUCCACCGUUGAAUCCGUACUGAAGCCGUUGAACAAAAGCGGGGAUACCGCCAGGGCCCCUGUCAGCGCCACGGAGAAGGGCCGUGGUGAACGGAAGUUUGCUGAGAACACGGUGUUCCUCAACCUCUACGACCUGACUGAGGCGAAUGAUGUCUUGUACCACGCCGGGAUAGGCCUCCACCACACCGGCGUGGAGGUGUACGGCAUGGAGUUUGCGUUUGGCCGCUGCGAUGAGGGCUCCGGGGUGUUUGAGGUGGCACCGAGAUAUUCGCCCCCACACAUUUUUCGCGAGCAACUCGUUCUUGGCGAGACACAACUAUCACAGCAGGAGGUGCUCAACCUUGUGAAGGAGUUUAAGGAGAAUGACCGUCAGUGGUCCGGCCGUGCGUACCAUCUGGUGCAGAACAAUUGCAACCACUUUUCAGAGGCCUUUGCGAUGCGACUGUUGCCCCCGGAGGUGCGGGCAGAGCAGCAAAGACAAGGAAACCUCCGCGUCUACGAUGAUGGUGAGCGGGAGGUGGUCGAACUGUCAAAUGGUAAGACGGCGAUUCUGCCACCGUUAAUGCCUCGCUGGAUCAAUCGCUUGGCACGCAAUGCAUCACGCUUUAUGCCCAGUAAAUUGGUUGAACGGAUCGAUGCGAUGGAUCGAGGAGGAGGGGGUGGUGGGGGAGUAGCGGAGUAG